UUAACUGUGCACUAUAUCGAUUGUGGAGAGUUAGAAAUAAUGUAUAUUCAUAACUUGUGUGGUUUUUCUGUAUUUUUUGUUAUACAGUAUUGAAUAUCAUUAUGUACUUCUAAUUGUAAGAGAAAAAGAGAGUUCUCUUCAGACCGACGACUGUGGAGUUGUCAAAGUGAGAUAGACAACUAUUUUGAUCGUGAUUACGUUGAAGGAUAAGACCGCGUGCAGACAAAAUAGUACCGUAAGUGACCGUAAGGUUAUGUGUUUAAAACGUAUAACAAUUUAUCAGUUCGUUACCUAUCGACUUAAAUAAAUCAUAAAAAUGAAUGAAAUAACCACAAAGAAAAAUAAGAUGAAGACUCAGAAGUCGGGUGUGGGUGAAAAAUUACCAAAAAAGCGUAGGCCCACAAAGACGUUGUAUGAUAAAAAAUUUACUGCGCCCUUAAAAAAAAAACGAAAAAAUGAAUAUGAUCCGAAAGAAGAAGCUAGAUUAGAAAGAAUCGUGUUUGGCGAUCCAAGUGAUAUUCUAAACAAUUUAUCAAGUAGCAAAGAUUUCAUUGAAUCGAGCAAAAGCGACAGUAUCAAUGCAAAUGAAAUUAUCUCUAUAGAUGAUAAUGUCAGUGAUGAUUCGGAUGUACCGAGUGAUGACAAUAUUGAUACAAACAGUCAGAAUAAAACAGCAUGGGUAGAUGAAGAUGAUGAGCAAUAUUCAGUACAAGCUGCAACAAAAGCACAGAAUCGAAGAUUACCAGCUGAUAUACCAGAAAAGCUAUAUAAAGAUUUUCUGCAUAACAAAUAUACAAAACUAGUGGGUACUCCAAAGUGGGCUGAGCUUAAGAAGACAGAUAAAAAAACUGAUGAAUUAGAUGAUGAAAUAUUAAAGCAUAGUUGUCAUUUGGAAAAACUUAAAUUGAAAAACUUACCCAAAAGUAUAAUUGAUAUAAAAGCAAUGACACCAAUUAACAAGGAAACGCAUAUAGAAGGACCUGUUAUAUCUAGUCUAGAAUUUCAUCCAUCUUCUACAGUGGCUUUGGUUGCUGGUACUUCUGGAACCCUAUCCCUCUUUCAAAUAGAUGGUAUUGAAAAUAAUAAAUUGCAUUCAAUGGAAUAUAAGAAGUUUCCUAUCAGUGUGGCAAAAUUUUUGAAGAAUGGAACAGAAGUUUUAGUUGGUUCUCAAUAUUAUCCACACUGUCAUUCCUAUAAUCUCCUUAGUGGAAAGACAUACAGAAUACCAUUACCACAUGGUGUUACUAAUAUGCAGAACUUCGAAGUAUCACCAGAUGGGGAAAUUAUAGCACUGCCUGGUCGAUUGGGAGAAAUUUAUUUGUUAACAAGUUCAUCCAAAGAACUUAUUGGUACUUUAAAAAUGAAUGGGAGGUGUAGAGCUGUAUGUUUUACACCAGAUAGUAAGACACUGAUUACACAUGGUGAUAGUUGCGAAAUGUAUAUAUGGGAUAUAAAUAGUCGCUCGUGUAUACAUCGCGCUGUAGAUGACGGAUGUCUAUCUUGUGCAUCGAUUUCAAUGUCUCCAAGUGGUCAGUUUGUAGCGACUGGUAGUAAACAAGGUGUCGUCAAUUUGUAUGACUCAAAAACAGUGUUGCAAAAUCGAAAUCCUGUUCCGUUAAAAAUUCUUCUGAAUCUUGUAACGUCUAUUACGAGUUUGAAGUUUAAUUCUUAUUCUGAAAUAUUAGCGAUGGCUUCUGAUAAAAAAUAUAAUGCAUUCAAAAUGGUGCAUUUGCCAUCGUUUACCGUCUUCUCAAAUUUUCCGACAUUUCAAACCACUAUAUCAAUGCCUGAAGCUAUUGACUUUUCACCCGGUAGUGGUUAUUUAGGCAUUUCCAACAGAUCUGGUAGUGCUUUUCUGUAUAGGUUAAAGCAUUAUGGAAAUUAUUAG